UAACGUCCGUGUGCUGUGUGAUAUUGGCAGCGGGGUGUUAGCAGUAUCGCUAAGCUAAUUACCCUGAGAAUUGACACGUAGCCCUGUGAGUGUGGUAGUGGGUCAGGGUCUGAGCGUUUCGCUGGAGGGAACCGCAGAAGGAUGUGUCGACAGCAUGUGAAAUAGCGUUCCGUAUUCUCAGAGUGGGACAGAGGACAGGUACUUUAAUAUAGCGAUGGCAGCUGGCCAGAAAAAAUCCAGCACGGAAACGUAUUUGUUAUCCAGCUCCAACGGCCUGAAUGGAUCAAAAGCCCAAGGAGUGACAUCGACAGAUCAAAACUGCAAUGGCAAGAAUUCCCGCCUGGCCAAAAUGGCCUCAAACGUGCAGGAGAAGUGCGCAGCGUACGUCCUGGCCCUGCGGCCGUGGAGCUUCAGCGCCUCUCUGACGCCUGUGGCUUUAGGAAGCGCCCUGGCCUACAAACUGGAGGGUUCGGUGGACCUGAUAAUUCUACUAGUGUGCGCCGUCGCUGUCCUGGUGGUGCAUGGUGCUGGGAAUCUUGUGAACACUUAUUAUGAUUUUUCCAAGGGAAUCGAUCACAAGAAGAGUGAUGACAGGACUCUGGUGGAUCGGAUCCUGGAGCCGCAGGACGUGGUGCUGUUCGGCGCCAUGCUUUACUCGGUGGGAUGUCUCUGUGCCACGUUAUUGUAUUUCCUCUCUACGCUGAGGCUUGAGCAUCUUGCACUCAUCUAUUUCGGAGGACUGUCAAGCUCCUUUUUGUACACUGGAGGAAUCGGCCUGAAGUACGUAGCGCUGGGGGAUGUGGUGAUUCUGAUCACGUUCGGUCCCCUAGCUGUGCUGUUUGCACACGCAGUGCAGGUAGGUCACCUGUCGGUGCUGCCGCUGGUGUACGCAUUGCCGCUGGCCAUGCACGCCGAGGCCAUCCUUCACAGCAACAACACGCGCGACAUGCAGUCCGAUCGCAGCGCCGGCAUCGUCACGCUCGCCAUCCUUGCUGGCCCGGCGCUCUCUUAUGUCCUCUACAAUGUGCUCCUCUUCGCUCCCUACGUGGUGUUCUGUGUGCUGGCCACACGCUACACUAUCAGCAUGGCCCUGCCCCUGCUUACACUGCCCAUGGCUUUUCCACUGGAGCGCCAGUUCCGCAGUCAGCACUACGCCAAGAUCCCACAGAAAACAGCCAAGCUCAAUCUGCUUGUGGGACUCUUCUACGUUUUUGGGAUCAUUCUCUCACCUACAGGGAGCCUGCCACUGUUAUAAAAGAUCUUGUCGUUUCUCAAUUCUAUGCUGGAAAAGAACCUGACUUGUCACUGUUGCUAUUUUUGGCCAUGGUUGUUUUGUCUGCAAAGUACUUCUAUUUGUACCUUCUUAAUAAUUUAUAGCAAUUUUUUUUUUUGCAUCAGUGGAACUCAAAAUAUACUCAUGCCUAACCUGCUCGGGGGAUUAGCCAUCUUCAGGAUCGCUUCCAUCACCUGGGAAAAUGGUGAAAGAAAAUCAGCUUUUUUGUUUGUUGCCCAUUUUGUAAAUGUUGGUAUAAAAUUUGUAAUUUGAUUUCCACCCAUUCAUUUGCCACCAUUUAAUUUCGACCUUAAUUUAGUUUCUCCUUUGUUUAAUUUGCAGAUUGUUCAGUUUCCCACGGCUAACAAAGACUUUGCAGUUAUAAAGAUGGAAAAGUCAGUAUUCUUUGAAACGGUACGUGUUUAUAUCGACACAGUUUCAGAACUUUGUGGAACUUUAGCGAAAUGUACCUGGGGAAACAAUUUAUUUUCAGGACUUUGGUGAGUAUUAGUGACAUCACAUUACUAAAUUAACAGCUGUCAUUUAGUCCUCUCAGUUCCGGACUGCGUAGGAAUAAACAGGGCUGUGUCUCAAUGUGUGAAUGACACGGGCAGAAUUGUCACAUGUUAAAGCAGCUGGUCAGUCUGAAACCAAGCUGAGGCCUUCUUUAAAGGACGGGGGAUAAAAAUGUGAUUUAUGUACAUCUCAUAUAAAUAACGGUCUUUAAAAAAAGAUUUGAACAACAUCAGGUCUUUAAAAAAUAAAUGAAAUUUUAAAAUAAGUGACUC